AAGAUCUGAGCUCUUCCUCCGCCGCUGCGCAGCGUAUAGAGUAUUUUAAGAACGUGACUCCUCGGGCUUUGAUAUUUCCGACAGCCAUGAAGGCAGCUCAGGGCAGGGGGCGGGGUUUAGAAAAGCCCCACAGUGAGUCAUGAUCCUUCCGAAAGCAUCAGACAGCGGCGAUGAUCCGUCGCAGCCGCCGUAACCUCGGACAGAAGCAGUGAGUCUUCGCUUUAGAAACAAAUUAAAAACAGUAAAAAUGUCGCUACCGUUGCUGUGACUGAACACUCGGCUCCGCGGGCAUCCAUGGUCUUUUUCCCGGGCAUGCAAGCCGAGGCGCACAGCGUCAAGCCGGGACAGCUGGUCGAGAUGUUUGACUCGUCGUGGAAGGUCCGGAGCAUUUGGGACGGGGUGAAGCUGGAGGUGGUCGAGGACCGCAGCCCGGUGGUCCUGCACAGCUUCACGCACCUGGACCCGGACCUGCCGCUGCUGGAGAGCUCGACGCAGGAGAUCGGCGAGGAGGCCGAGGAGGACGCCAUCUUCACCAUCACACUGAGGAAGGUGCAGCUUCACCAGUCGGCCAGUAAAGGGCAGCGAUGGCUGGGCGUGGAGACGGACUCGGCCCUGAGCCUCUACGAGACCUGCAAGGUGCGGACCAUCAAGGCCGGCACUCUGGAGAGGCUGGUGGAGUACAUGGUGUCGGCGUUCAGGGGCAAAGACUCCACCUACGUCACCAUCUUCCUGUGCACCUACCGCUCCUUUGCCACCACCAAGCAGGUGCUGGAUCUCCUGCUCAACAGGUAUGCCAAGCUCCAAAAUGUGCCUGCGGCCACAGCACACAGAGUUUCCCAGGACGACUGCACAGAGCUGCGAAACACUGUCUCGUCCAUCCUGGGCGCGUGGCUGGACCAGUACUCUGAGGACUUCUGGAGCCCUCCGAACUACGACUGUCUGCACCAGCUCCUGUCCUACCUUCACCUCCACUUCCUCGGCUCGGACCUGGAGCGCCGCGCUCGAAACCUGCUGGCCCACUUCCACCGCCGACAGCAGUGUGAGCCUGAUCCUGAUGGGGAACACAUCGGCUGCCCCUUUGCUACACAGGAAGAGAGCGGCUUUGAGGACGAGCUUCCUGCUUUUAGCUUCCUGUCGUUUGACCCCAUCAUGGUCGCAGAGCAGUUCACGCUCAUGGACGCGGAUCUGUUUAAGAAGGUGGUGCCGUACCACUGCCUGGGGGGGAUUUGGUCUCAGCGGGAUAAGAAGGGGAAGGAGCACCUGGCUCCCACCAUCAGAGCCACUGUGGCCCAGUUCAACUCCGUCACCAACUGUGUCAUCACGACCUGCCUGAGCAACCCGACGCUGAAGCCCAAUCAGAGAGCCAGGCUGCUGGAGAGGUGGAUAGACGUGGCUCGGGAGUGUCGGAUCCUGAAGAACUUCUCCUCGCUGCGUGCCAUCCUCUCCGCCCUGCAGUGCAACGCCAUCCACCGCCUGAAGAGGACCUGGGAGGAAGUGUCACGCGAGAGCUUCCGCACCUUCCGCGAGCUGUCCGAGAUCUUCUCAGACGACAACAACUACUCCCUGAGCCGAGAGCUGCUGGUGAAGGAGGGAACUUCUAAGUUUGCAACUUUGGAAAUCAACCCCAAACGAGCUCAGAGGAGACACCAGCAGCAGAGAGACCUGCAGGGGGUGAUGCAGGGGACGAUCCCUUACCUGGGGACCUUUCUGACGGACCUGGUGAUGAUGGACACUGCCAUGAAGGAUUAUACUGAGGGCGGUCUCAUCAACUUUGAGAAGAGAAGAAAGGAGUUCGAGGUGAUCGCUCAGAUCAAACUGCUCCAGUUGGCCUCCAACAACUACAGUUUCACUCAGGACAGCCACUUCAGAGAGUGGUUCGCCGGCGUGGAGAAACUCAGCGAGGCAGAGAGCUACAAUCUGUCCUGUGAGAUCGAGCCUCUGUCGGAGUCGGCCAGCAACACGCUCAGAGCCAAGAAGAACGGAGGGAUCAUGAAACGCUGGAGCGACCGGCAGCUGACGGAGGCCGGCUCCGGCGGCGCCGCAGGCUCUCAUUCCAAGUCCUUCGACCACUCACACUACAGACCGUACCAAGGAGGCGGGGGGGACAGUGGCGACGCUCUCAGUGUCACGUCCGUCAGCUCCAGUGGUUCAGACCUAGAGGACGUGAACGCCAGCUUCUUGUCCGACUCCCCUGAAGGACAUGAGAGAAAGACGUCGACUCCUUCAGUGAAACUCACCGUCUCUGCUUUGGGGAGAGAAGCUCCAGCAGCAGAUACAACGUCAACGUUCUGGGAAUGUACGUCCCUGUCGUCUCUGGACACCUCCGGGAUGGGCUCCAGCUCCGGCUCCGCCUCCGGCUCCAGCAGCACCUCGUCCUCCUCCGUCUCCUCCUCCACCCCGCUGUCGGCCUCCCGCUCGCACAAACGCUCAGUGUCGGCGGUGUCAAACUACUCGACUCUGUCGCUGCCGCUGUACAACCAGCAGGUGGACGACUGCUGCAUCAUCAGGGUCAGCCUGGACGUGGAGAACGGCAACAUGUACAAGAGCAUCCUGGUGACGAGUCAAGACAAGACUCCAGCCGUCAUCAGGAAGGCCAUGAUCAAACACAACCUGGAGCGAGAGAAGACUGAGGAAUACGAGCUGAUGCAGAAAAUCUCUGAGGACAAAGAGCUGCGUAUCCCAGACAAUGCCAACGUAUUCUACGCCAUGAACUCCACUGCCAACUACGACUUUGUGCUGAAGAAGCGCGGCCUGGCUCGGCCGGUGCGAGCCAAGAGCGUGGCCAGUUCGACGCUGCCCCGCAUGAAACAGAAGGGACUGAAAAUCGCUAAAGGGAUCUUCUGAGGAGAAAUGCACCGCUUCCUGCCUCCCCCUCACCCCCUUAACCCUCUCUGGUCUCCGCUCCUCAGAAGAAACAUUUGUGUUCUCGUCUGUUGGAGGGAAACUAACCUGAAGUAUCUUGAGUGUUGGUUUGGGCAAAGACUUGAGAUGCCAGAGGAGAAAUGACCAAGCAGCCUUUCUGUGGAUCAGCAGGAAGCAGAGGAGCACCUUAGCACUUAGUAACAGCUGCCGUGUCCUCCGAGGACUGCAGGAGCCGGGGUUAGUGGCAGGAAACACCCACAUGGAAGCUGUUUCUGUAAAGCUGCAUGUUGAUGAACGCAGAGGGACACGUUUGUGUUGGGGUCGGACGUUGCUGCUCGACGGCUGAACUUGUGGCUGGCUGUGUCGGCUCGUGGAAAAGCAGAUUAAUUUCGUUUCCUGGUCCAUUACUUUUUGUUUACAUUUGUUUACACUUUAUCAUCAGCUGGCCAGCUCUUAAAACAUUUUUGUUCCAGCCUCUUAAUCCCGAGAGGAUUUUUUGCACCUUCGAUUAAAACACUUUUUUAAUCCCUCGGCCUUCACCCCCGAAUUUUCCUCUGCAGUCUUCAUGCACACCCCCUCCUGGCAUGGAGUGUACAUAAAUGAACAACACGAAGCCACAGCGAGGUAACGCACGCAUGUGUGUGUACCAGCUGGGUGUUCGAAUGUGUUUCUAUUUUUUCAGGGAACUUUGGUUGUGAGUGUACCACCGCCUUUACUGUCUGUCCCCAGGGUUCCUGAAGUCGUCUGCGUUUCUGGGGCUGCAGCUCUGAACGUUGGGCUCUCCGCCCUCAAACGCUGGGACUCACGUCGGCAUCUUAACACCAGCGACACCGACGGGGAGGAAUCUGAACUCUUUUACCUUUGAACGCUGCCAUGUUACAAAAAAAAAAAAAAAAAAAGGUCAAGGA